ACGUCAGCACCGCGUGAGCCCCACCUUCCCCCCCGCCCCCGCCACACCUCCACCGCCGGCCAAUCGCCUCUUAAGCCGCUGCCGGGCCCCGCAUCGCCGAUCUUGCCGCUCGCAACUUCGCUCGGAGCAGCCGGGAAGCAGCCUCAGCCCCGAGAAGCGCCCCGCUCGCCUCUUCCGUCCCCCGGCAGCGCUGCAGCAGCGGCUGACGCAGCCUUGAGCAGCCGGAGCGGCCAGAGCACAGCCAUGGCUUCCGAAGGGAAGAUGACCGCCCCGUUGCUGCUGGCCGUCGGGGGUGCCGUGUUGGGGUCCCUGCAGUUCGGGUACAACACUGGAGUCAUCAACGCACCGCAGAGGGUGAUAGAAGAAUUUUACAACCAAACAUGGUUCAACCGAUACGGGACGUACAUCACCCCGGGCAUGCGGACCACUCUCUGGUCCCUCUCAGUCUCCAUCUUCUCCGUCGGUGGGAUGUUUGGGUCGUUCUCCGUCGGGCUCUUUGUCAACCGCUUUGGACGGAGGAAUUCCAUGCUGAUGUCCAACGCUCUGGCUUUCCUCUCGGCCAUCCUGAUGGGCUUCUCCAAGAUGGCCGGCUCUUUUGAGAUGCUGAUCCUCGGACGUUUCAUCGUGGGCAUUUACUCGGGCCUCACCACUGGCUUUGUGCCCAUGUACGUGGGCGAGGUGUCCCCCACGGCUCUGAGGGGGGCGUUGGGAACCCUCCACCAGCUUGGGGUCGUGGUGGGAAUCCUGGUUGCACAGAUUUUCGGUAUCGACCUCAUCAUGGGGAACGAAACCCUGUGGCCCCUCCUGCUGGGCUUCACCUUCAUCCCCUCCUUGGCCCAGUGUAUCCUGAUGCCGUUUGCCCCCGAGAGCCCCCGCUUCCUCCUCAUCAACCGCAACGAGGAGAACAAAGCUAAGAGUGUCCUAAAGAAGCUCCGUGGGACAACCGAUGUCAGCAGGGACCUUCAGGAGAUGAAAGAGGAGGGCCGGCAGAUGCUGCAGGAGAAAAAGGUCACCAUCCUGGAGCUCUUCCGUUCUCCUCUCUACCGACAGCCCCUCUUGAUCGCCGUCGUACUGCAGCUCUCUCAGCAACUUUCGGGGAUCAACGCGGUCUUCUACUACUCCACGGAUAUCUUUGAAAGAGCCGGAGUGCAGCAGCCCGUCUACGCCACCAUUGGGGCUGGAGUGGUCAACACAGCCUUCACAGUUGUCUCGCUGUUUGUGGUAGAACGGGCCGGCCGAAGGACGCUGCACCUCAUUGGACUCAUGGGGAUGGCCCUGUGUGCGGUUCUCAUGACUAUCGCCUUGGCACUGCUGAAUCAAGUGCCGUGGAUGUCGUAUCUCAGCAUCGUUGCCAUCCUGGGCUUUGUGGCGUUUUUCGAGAUUGGCCCCGGGCCCAUUCCGUGGUUCAUUGUGGCGGAGUUGUUCAGUCAAGGCCCGCGUCCUGCUGCCAUCGCCGUGGCGGGGCUGUCCAACUGGACGGCCAACUUCAUCGUAGGGAUGAGCUUCCAGUACGUGGCGGACCUCUGCGGAGCCUACGUCUUCAUCAUCUUCACCAUCCUGCUGGUCCUCUUCUUCAUCUUCACCUACUUCAAGGUGCCCGAGACCAGGGGCCGAACCUUCGACGAGAUCGCCUCAGAGUUCCGCCAAGGGGGUGCCGCCCACGGAGACAAGAACCCGGAUGAGUUCCACAGCUUGGGGGCCGACUCCCAGGUCUAAAGUUCGGGAGGUGGGCAGGCAUCUCCUCCGCGCCACUCUUGCCCUCCUGCCCGUCUUCUCCACAUGUUUGUUGCAGCCGCCAGGCCCCGGGCGAAGGAAAAGCAUUUGGGCCUGAGGGAUUCCAGCCCCACUUGGUCUCUGGGCGAAGGACCCGUCUCGUAGCUCCUUAGGAAGAACUUUUAGCGGCUGGUCUCCAGUCCAGGAUUUCAACGUGGUCAAAAGCCUUCAGAAGCAACAAUUCCUCUUGAGAUGAUAGCACUUCUGCCCCCCCCCACCCCCACUUACUCUUUUUUCCUCUUUGUUUUAUAAAGGAGAAAAAGCAUCUCCCCUUCACCGCCCCCUCCCCAAAAAGCAACCCCUUGCAUUGCCAGAGACAAAACACUGAAUACCGUUAAAUGCCGGUUAAAUACAA